AUCACAGAUGUGGACUCACUGUAAGUGACCCAACAACGCUGGGCCACACGACUAUAAUUCUCAGUCCUGAGUCUGUUCGAAUCUACAACCAUGAGGACGUUCCUGGCCACCGUUAGCAUGGUCUUUCUUGCAGCUUUACCAUUCGUUCUAAGCGAAGGAUGUAAGUUUAAGGCAGAUAUUGCCUUUCUCUUGGACGGCUCUGGCAGUGUGGUGCAGGCCAACUUCGACAAGAUGUUGAAUUUCGUGGAAAAGGUCGUCCAGGAAUACUCAGUCGGGCCAGACGACGUGUUGUUCGCGACGGUACUCUAUUCCAGUCGGUCCACAGUCAAGUUCGAUUUCAACGAAUACCAAACCACCAAUGGGGUGCUGAAAGCCAUCAAGGCUAUCAUAUACCCACAGGGAAGAACCCGUACCGACCUCGGCCUGGCAGACAUUCGCAUGAAGAUUUUUACAGCGAAUGGGGGCCACCGCGCAGGAAUACCGAAGGUUCUCAUCGUCAUGACCGACGGGAAUGCAAAUAGUGCAGCAGAUACGAAAAGAGAAGCGGAUCUAGUUAAGGCCGAGGGUAUCAACGUGUUUUCUAUCGGUAUUGGCACCUCGAUAUCUGAUGUUCAGCUGCGGGAGCUUGCGUCCGAUUCGGAAAAGGUGAUCCGCGCAGCUAACUUUGACGACUUGGUGAAGUUCAUCGGCAGCUUAGCGGAGCAGACAUGCAAAGCUGCUGAAGCAACAAAGAAGGACACUGUGACAUCCGUUAUUAAGUUUACUGGCGAAGACAUUGGAGUCACAGUACAGAACGCCAAAUACGAGUUUUCGCAAGUUUUUGGAAAAGUACUGAUUUUGAAUGGCUUCGACAGCUACGUCACUAUACCACGUGCCGACAUCGUCCAAACAAGUUUCACCAUCAGUGUUUACAUUAAGGUCGACACGUUCAGGAAGGAUCAGGCCAUCGUCGGGAACUGGGGCGCCAGCGAUGAUGAGAGGCAAUACUUAGUGGCAAUAACGAGGGAAAAUAAGAUCAGGGUCUACCUGAACUUCCGUACGUCUGGUAAACCUGCCACGGAGUUCGUUGAGGGCGGCGACGUUGCUGGGAGCAAGAAGUUUGGUUGGCAGGUUGUUGUGGUCACGUGGAACAGGAAUCAACGCAAGGCAGUUAUCUAUCUCAACGGGGACGUCGUUGGAGAAAAAACCCUUGGCCGUGCUACCAUUGUUUCCGGGAGCAGUCCAACAAACGAGAUCGGUGGCAUUAAGGAACUCGGUGGACUUCGCUUCACCGGUGAAAUCUCACGACUGUCUAUCUUCAACUACGCCCUGACGAUUGACUAUGUGAAAACAUUUAAUAAGAAGAUCGAGACUAAACCGUCAUCUGACGUAAAAGGAGGUGAAGCGCCAGUUGUUUGCAAAUUCCGAGCCGAUAUCGCUUUCCUCCUCGAUGGAUCUGGUAGCGUAAUGGAGGAUAACUUCUUUAAAAUGUUAGAUUUCAUCGAAGAGACUGUAACGAAAUAUACUGUCGGACCAGAUGAUGUGUUGUUCGCUGCUGUAGUCUACUCCUCCCGGUCCUCGGUCAAGUUCGAUUUUAACAGAUACACCACAAAGAAUUCCCUAUUGAAAGCCAUCAAGACCAUCAGAUACCCACAGGGAAGAACCCGUACCGACCUCGGCCUGGAAGACAUUCGCACGAAGGUUUUUACGGCGAAUGGGGGCCACCGCGCAGGAAUACCGAAGGUUCUCAUCGUCAUGACCGACGGGAAUGCAAAUAGUGCAGCAGAUACGAAAAGAGAAGCGGAUCUAGUCAAGGCCGAGGGUAUCAACGUGUUCUCUAUUGGUAUUGGCACCUCGAUAUCUGAUGAGCAACUGCAUGAUAUUGCCUCGGACUCGUCCAAAGUCUUUAGAGCUGAAAACUUCGAUCAGUUGGUCCACUUCAUUGGAACCCUGGCAGAGAAGACUUGUAGAGCUGCAGAAGCAACUAAGAAGGACACUGUGCUCUCUACUUGGAAAUUUGAUGGCACGAUCAACUCCAAAAUCACUACUCAUCUCGUGCAAUACAUCACUUCCCGUAUAUUCGGAAAGGUAUUCAUUCUGAGCGGAACAACCAGCUACGUCACUGUUCCUCGCCCGGAAAUCGCGCAAUCGAGUUUCACCUUCAGCAUUUACGUCAAGGUCACCAAAUUUAACAAAGCCCAAGUUAUCAUAGGCGACUGGGGAACAACAAAAAACACCCGACAAUAUCUUCUAUCAAUUACGGAGAGAAACACGGUCCAGUUGAAGGUCCAUUUAAUGGACAACGGCAACGAUGAAUUUGAAGACUUGGAAGGCGGCGAUGUUUCCGGCCCAAACAAAGAUGGCUGGCAGGUGAUUGUGGUCACGUGGGAUAGAACGAACGGAAAAGCGGUCAUAUACCUGAAUGGUGAUAUUGUGGCCGAGAAGGUCUUGAGAGGGAAAUCAUUGUACCCAACUAGAAGCACUACUAACAUCGUGGGCAACCUGCCUAAUUCUGGAAAUCUUUACUUCGAAGGAAAGAUCGCCAGGGUAUCCGUCUAUAAUUAUGCGUUAACUAUGGACUAUGUCGUGACCUUCAAUAAACUCGCUGAAAUAACAACACCUGCUCCAACAACGACAACGACGACUACACCAACAACGACAACAACAACAACAACAACAACAACAACUACAACAACGACAACGGUUCCAAUGUUUGACGUCAUCACAGACAGACCAACCAAUACGAAGACAUACACUUUCUAUUUAUCAACCGUGGAAGAUUACCCUGGACCACUGGAAAUCGUCAUCUAUGGUUCAUCAGGGGUGUGCUCAGAUAUGAGACUCGGAAGAAUCAGGGGAAACGAUGUGGUGAACAGGUUUGAAUUGCAAUGCCCCGAUGUAGGAACAAUCAAAAAGAUUCAGAUCACCAAUGGGGCCUCUACAGAGCUUACCAUGACGCUGUUCAGGGUCUACGACGACAGUACAUCUACAAACAUCGACGUCAUCACAAGUAGCCAUACUUUCCGGGUGAAUGAGCGAAUCACAGCCACUGUAACAUCUGGGGAGGUACCCAACAAAAGCACUCGCGCUCCAGAAGUCCCCAAACAAGAGCCAGAAGAAAUUCCAGAGGCGGAUAAGGUUGGCGGUAAGGACGAAAAGGUCGACCUUGUCUUCAUCAUUGAGAACACCGGCAGCAUGGACACCUAUCGUAUGGUAGUUAGAUACGUCUUAAGCAGAUAUCACAUCAGCAGCGCUGGCGUCCAUGUCGGCGUCUACACCAUUGGCGGAAGAGCUACACAGGUCAUUCCAUUGGAAAACGGUCCUCAAUCUGAUAGCGACAUCAUUACCGCAAUAGAUCGAAUAACGACUUCUUCUUCUCAAACCGUGGAUAUAGUCGUUGCCCUUGAGCAGCUGGUCCAGAAGUUUAAAUCAAGUCGCCCCGAUGCCCAAAAGGUCAUUGUCCUUGUAGGCCAGUUCAGCGGCAAUGCCGGCGAAGCACACGUAGUCGAGCAACUCAUCCUGGAACUGAAGAAGCUCAACGUCAAUGUCAUUGCCUUCAUAUAUCAAUCAUCGGCCAAAUCGGCCAUGGCGAAGGUGCUCACAACCAGCGGAAGUACGAUAAUCUCGUUCUGGCAUGUCAUGCAGAUUCGGGACAACAUCGAAUAUAUUUCCUACGUUAUCCACUCAACCUACACGAUGUGGAAAACCACCUAUCAAACGAUCACGAAGUACGUGUACUCGUGCAGUGAUCCCAAGCUGGCGGGCAAGGUGUUUAAAGAAAAUGAGCAAUGGAUAUCUGGCUGUGUGGUAUAUAAAUGCUUGGCGAAUAGGGAGACCAUAGAGGCGUACACGGAAAUCCUGGACAUAAAGUGUGCUGAUGUGUACGGCAACUGCAAGCUGCCUGGAGAAAACUUCAGCUACCGGAUUCAAGGAACAAUCUAUCACAAGUGUACAUGCUCCAUCGAGAGAAAUGGCGACAGGCCCAAGACCUCCUACACGUGUUCUGGCUGAUUGUGACUGGUUUCCGUUAAUCCGUACUCAUCGUGCGUGUAGCAAUUUCUGAUUUGAUAAAUUUUCAUCAGACAUA